AUGGCGGAAGGUAUCUGUAUUGUAGCUAAAGAAGCCAUAGUUAUAAGACCUCCCAAGAAAUCGCCAGCUUCAUUGCGGAAGUUAGUCUUAGUGUUUGCAAUUUUUUGUGGUGCCUACAUUUUCUCAGUAUGUCUCAAGCAGACUAUUGGCCACACCAGCAGUUCCAAGUUCAUAAAUUUGGAUGUUAAUUGGACCCAUUGUCAUGAUCUUGACAUCGAUAAAUCUCGGGUUCCUUAUUUGCACUAUCCCAAACCAUCUACGUUUAGCAGGGCUGAAUGUGCAUGUAAUCCCGUGCGGCUUUUCGUGAUUCUAUCCAUGCAAAGGUCUGGUAGUGGGUGGUUUGAGACUCUCUUGAAUAGCCAUACAAACAUGAGCUCAAAUGGGGAGAUAUUCUCUUCCAAAGAGAGGAGAAGUAAUGCCUCUUCAAUAAUUUUGACCCUCGACAGAGUUUACAGCUUGGACUGGUUUACCAGUGCUUCCAAAAACCAGUGCUCAGCUGCAGUUGGCUUCAAAUGGAUGCUUAAUCAGGGAGUGAUGGAGUACCAUAAAGAAAUCGCAGAAUACUUUAACGAUAGGGGCAUUUCGGUAAUUUUCCUCUUCCGGAGAAACCUUCUUCGACGGAUGGUUUCGGUGCUUGCGAAUUCUUAUGAUCGGUACGCGAAACUACUGAACGGGACACAUAAAUCCCAUGUUCAUUCGCGUGAAGAGGCUGAGACUCUCUCCAGUUAUAAACCUGAGAUCAACUCAACAUCACUGGUGAUGGAUCUAAAGCUCAUGGAGAAGAUGGCCUUUGAGGUUGUGGAGAAUUUCAGCAGCACUAGGCACAUUAUUCUGUAUUAUGAAGAUCUCGUUAAAAACCGAACUAAACUGGUAGAAGUGCAGCAAUUUCUAGGGUUGCCGGUGAUGGAGUUAACAAGCCGCCAGGUGAAGAUACACCGAGGUUCAUUAUCAAAUCACAUCAAGAAUUGGGCCGACGUCAAAAGGGCUCUCAAUGGAACUACUUACGAGAGCUUCCUCCAAACCGACUACACUAUUUAG